CGUCAAGGCGGCAGCUGCCAUGGGCACCGACAGCCGCGCGGCCGGGGCGCUCCUGGCGCGGGCCAGCACCCUGCACCUGCAGACGGGGAACCUGCUCAACUGGGGCCGCCUGCGGAAAAAGUGUCCGUCCACGCACAGCGAGGAGCUUCGAGACUGUAUCCAAAAGACCUUGAAUGAGUGGAGUUCCCAAAUUAGCCCCGAUUUGAUCAGGGAAUUUCCAGAUGUCUUGGAAUGCACUGUGUCCCACGCACUUGAGAAGAUAAACCCUGAUGAAAGAGAUGAAAUGAAAGUGUCUGCAAAACUGUUCAUUGUAGGAUCGAAUUCUUCGUCAUCAACUAGAAGUGCAGUUGACAUGGCCUGCUCCGUCCUUGGAGUUGCACAGCUGGACUCUGUGAUCAUCGCCUCUCCUCCCAUUGACGACGGAGUCAAUCUUUCCUUGGAGCAUCUGCAGCCCUACUGGGAGGAACUAGAAAACUUAGUUCAGAGCAAGAAAAUUGUUGCUAUAGGCACCUCUGAUCUAGACAAGACACAGCUGGAGCAGCUGUACCAGUGGGCACAGGUAAAACCAAAUAGUAAUCAAGUUAAUCUUGCCUCCUGCUGUGUGAUGCCACCAGAUUUGACUGCAUUUGCUAAAAAAUUUGACAUACAGCUACUGACUCAUAAUGACCCAAAAGAACUGCUUUCUGAGGCAAGUUUCCAAGAAGCUCUUCAGGAAAGCAUCCCUGACAUUGAAGCCCAGGAGUGGGUGCCGCUGUGGCUGCUGAGAUACUCUGUCAUUGUGAAAAGCAGAGGAAUCAUCAAGUCAAAAGGCUACAUCUUGCAAGCCAAAAGAAGGGGUUCUUAACUACAACUCAAGCUCAUAACUUACUGACCUGUAUUUAUCUCAAACGUAAGAUAAAAAAUUCAUAAGAUAAAAUUGAGAUGUAUAAAAAAUCUAGCUAUUGCCUAUAAGAAGUGUCAUUGAGGCAAUGUGUUGUCAAGUUUUGAAUACUUCUCUUGCCUCUUCAUCAGCACACUUGCAGGAACCACUGUAUUGUUUUCAUUAAACUAUUGUUUUCUAACUGAAAUUGUCUAUAAAGAAAAAUACUUGCAAUAUAUUUCCUUUAUUUUUAUGAGUAAUAGAAAUCAAGAAAAUUUGUUUUUAGAUAUAUUUUGGCUUAGGCAUCAGGGUGAUAUAUAUACAUAUUUUUUAUUUCCAAGAUUUAUUAAUUGCUUCUUACUCUAUACUUCUGUACUCUAUAACUAAGCAAUUAAAUUACAGUUGUUAAAAUAGAUACUGGAAGAUAUUUUUUCCUGUCAUUGGCAAAAUAAUCUAUCUCAGAGUAACUACAGCAGCUGGGCUCUACUAGUAAUGUAAAUAAAAUUCAUUCUUUGAUCCACGAA